AGAGACGAGCUUUGCCGAGGUAUUCUAGUCAUUGGACAACCCCAUUCCACCAACCCCGUGGACGGGCACAAGCAAGGAACUGCGCUGCGGGGCCGGGCGGCCACCCUCGGCGCCUGAGGAAAUCUAAGAUAUCUACGACAUUACCACCUAGGAAACAUGUCGAUGGCGGAUCAAGACGAGGCCACGGCGGCAGUCGUGGAGGGCCUCAAGCGCCUGUACCACACCAAGCUUAAGCCACUCGAGCAGACGUACAUGUUCGGAUGGUUCCACUCCCCCCCCCUGACGGAUAGCGAGUUCGAGAGCAAGCCGCAGGUGCUCAUGUGCGGGCAGUACUCUACGGGAAAAACGUCGUUCAUCCGAUAUCUGCUCGGCCGCGACUUCCCGGGCCAACGGAUCGGGCCGGAGCCUACUACCGACCGUUUCGUGGCGGUGAUGGACGGGUCCGACGAGAGAGUAGUUCCCGGGAACGCUCUGACGGUUUCGCCGAACCUUCCGUACCGGGGGCUGGACCGGUUCGGAGUGUCGUUCCUGAACAAGUUUGAGGCGAGCCAGCUGCCCUCUCCGGUGCUGAGGAACAUUACGAUUGUGGACACGCCGGGCGUGCUCUCGGGAGAGAAGCAGCGGGUGUCGCGCGGAUACGACUUCGUGAACGUGUGCCACUGGUUCGCGGAAAGGGCUGACCUCAUCCUGCUCCUGUUCGACGCGCACAAGCUGGAUAUCAGCGACGAGUUCAAGGCGGUGAUCGAGCGGCUCAAGGGCCAGGAUGACAAGAUCAGAGUCAUACUAAACAAAGCCGAUCAGGUGGACCGGCAGAAGCUCAUGAGGGUGUACGGGGCGUUGAUGUGGUCGAUGGGGAAGAUCAUCCGCACACCGGAGGUUCUAAGGGUGUACGUGGGGUCCUUCUGGGACGAGCCGUUGAUGUACGACGACAACGCGGCCCUGUUCGACAUGGAGGAGAGAGAUCUCAUGAACGACCUCAGAGAGCUUCCCCGAAACUCGGCGGUCCGGAAGAUCAACGAGCUCGUCAAGCGGUGCCGGCUUGCAAAGGUACACGCCUACAUCAUCGGCUACCUACGAGCACAGAUGCCGUCGAUGAUGGGAAAGGAGAAGGUUCAGAAGCAGCUCACCGCCGACCUCGCGCAGGUGUUUCGUGCUGUCAUGAAACAGCACAACCUCGCGCCGGGAGACUUCCCGGAUCUCGAGCCAUUUCGGUCUAAGCUGGCGGACACCAAUUUCACGAAGUUCCCCAAGCUCAAGGUCAAGAUGCUCGAGGAAUUAGAUGAGAUGCUGUCGGUGGAUAUCCCGAGACUGAUGGAGAUGCUGCCGAGAACGGUGGCGCCUACCCGAGCGGACGAACAGAUCAGGAAUUUUAUGCAGGAGAGCAACGACACCCCAACGCCGCCCAAGUACAACGCCCCGGGGGGCGCCUCAAGGGGAGGGGGGGGAGGGGGAGGGGGGUACUACGAGCAGUGUUGCGUUUUCUGUUUUUGCCUGCCUCCCGACGGUCACUCGCAGCAGGAGGGCGAUCAGCGAUGGGCAGGUGGGGCAAGCGGGGGUGGGAGCUACGGCGGCAGCCCCCCGGAGCCAACAGGGGUAGCGAAUCCCUUCAAGCCACCGCCACAGGACAGCAACCCGUUCGGGGACGAGCCAAGCGCUUCGGGGUGGGCCUUAGAGGUGGAAGCGGCGGAACUGAGGGGUCUGUUCGAGGAGUACGAGCCGGUGGCGGGGAAGCUCAGCGCUGUCAACGCGAGAGCGCCCUUGGUGCAAUCAGGCCUCCCGAACGACACGCUACGCGUAAUUUGGGAUUUGUCCGACAUGGACAACGACGGGAUGCUUGACCUUGAGGAGUUCACGGUGGCGAUGCACCUGUGCGACCGGACGAAAGCGGGGGAACCGCUGCCGGAUGGUCUCCCACGCAACAUGGUCCCCCCCUCGAAGGCAUCCUUGAUGUUCUAGGCGAUGCGCGUUGUUGGUGCCUGUCUUUCUCGUUCGCGGGCAGUGUGGUCCGUGGCACACGGUCCUGUUCCCCCCGACGGAGGCGUUCUUGAUGUUGGUGUUCCUGGUCUACCCUACAGUAUGUUGCUCUCCCACCGGCAGCGUCUUCUCCGUGCAGUUGUUUCCGUGGGAGUGUUUGUUGGUCACGUCAGGUUUUACGUCCAUAGUGGCAGGCGGGUCGUUCCAGAACAGCAGCAGGGCGGCGGAAGCACGCAGCCUCCCUACGAUCGCCCGGUAUCACGCCAAAUGUUCAGCUGAGCAGGAUCUUUGCGACGCGCACUUAUGUGGCUGUCCGUGAUGCUUGCGAAGCUGAAAAUCUCCACGAAACACGGGCCGAGCGUGAAAUAUGGGAUGUGAUGGGUUGUCGUACAGGCGUCGUUUCUUGUGCCGGGGCAUUUUCUUGGAAAUUUCUGGUUUAGCAACGUACCUCUGCCACUCUUUGUUGUUGAUGAAACUCCCUUUUUUUUUGCGAAACAGGAGUGGGUUCUUUCCGACAAGACUCAAAUGUUGGGGUCUAGCAGAGGUGUUGCUGCGCGACGGAUGCGACUUGUGUCAUGUGGCGAUUUUGACCUUGUUGGCUUGUGCGCCUGCCCCCUGUGCGUUAGUGCCGUGUGAUCUCCCUUUGUCUACAAGUACCGGGAGGGACAGUUUUGCGGUGUGGUCCCUUCCCUUGCGUUGCGGGUCACUCGUCGCUGGAACCCCCGUCGGCCAAUCACAAGGAGACGAGAAGGUGUACUUGGAACCUGACUUGGAUAGAAACCGCGCACAACUUGUGGACCAUGUAUAGCAUGCUAUCCUUUCCUGGGGUCACGAUGUUUGGGUUCGCGCGGCUGCGGUGUGUUGCGGGGGAAAAGGUUCCGGUUCGUGACGACCCCAUAAAGUUUGGCGCGAAAAGACCAGCGUGUAUUUUUUUCGCUACCCGCCGCUGGGCGGCCUUGUUGGUCGGACCUUUCUGUACCUGUAUUUUUAUCUCUCUACGUGCAAUGCAGCACAGCAUGAUUGGGCAUGUAGGCAUUGUAUGUCACUUCAGCCUUCUGUUGUAGUAGUUUUCUUGGGGAGGAUGGAUGUUGGUCGCCGUUUCGAAACCCUCCCCCCCGGCUCUCGCGUGCGGCGCGAUUCGUUUUUGUUUUGAUUCAUGUGGAUCGAAUAGUGGCUCAAUAUAAGACUGUCCUCAUUUCGGUCGCUCUACGCUUCAUGUUCGUUGGUGAUGGUGCAAUCACCUUUUUUUUUUCACACGUGGCACUUGUUUUUUUAUUGAUUUCCCGCCUCACCCUCUUGGUCUUGAGCGGCGACGGAAGGCGCCAUCAUUGUACCUCGUUCUCGUGACGGGUGAUCGCUGUUACAGCAGGGACAAAGAUUGACGUGGGGUGUGAGUACGACACGUUGCCACCUGGCCGACCAACGUGGGAUGCUGAGAACGACUUUCGGCUUGUACACGCCUUACGCGGUGAGCAGCAGACUGAGCGCUGCCCGCCUUGCGUUUUUGCAUCGGUGUUGUUGGGAUUUUGCCCCAUGUCACGUGUGCCGAGGGGAAAAAAUUACGC